AUGGAUUAAAAGAAUAAUGUAGAGCAGCAUCUGAAAUACUAAAUAGAGUAUUAAACAAUAUAUAUUCUAGAUUGAGAUUUUUGAUAAUCAAGAGAGAGAAGUGGAUAUGUAAUUAUAGAAGAUUGAAAAGAAUUACAAGAUCAAUAAGAAAAGAUAAAUAGAAAUGUGAACAUAAUGAAUUCUAAAUUAGAAAAAUAUAGCAAAAAAGAAUUGUGCUUGAUGAAUCGAACGCACAUCUCUGCUUCGGAUUAGAUAUUUUCAAUAAUUUAAAUAAAACUUUAGAGGCUUGCACUUUGAAUCAUUUUAGAUUCUAUUCAUCUAAUAUUAAGUUAGGCUAGGAAUUUCCAGAAAUACAAGCAACAAUAGAUGCUGUCUUUUAAGAGAAAAAUGUCAAUGUUUCGAUCAAACAACCUUCAUCUUUUGGAGUCCCUUCUGUUAGAUCGUCUGUAAGUUCAGCUUCUUCUCAAGGCAGAAGAAGAUUAAGAUCAUAUUAAUAAGUAAUUAAACAAAAAAUAUAUAAUUUUUAUUAAUUAUACCUGAAAAGUAUAUUCCAAAUGAAUGUACUCCAAUGA